AUGACCUCGCAGAAGCAGCUCGCGAUGGCCGCUGCUGCCGCCGGCGCCGCCUACCUCUUGGACCGGCAGACGCUCGUGUCCCACGACAUCACGGAGCACGCAUCGCUCAUCGGCGUGCUGCUCAAGAUGCGGUACCUCGCGUACCGCAACACGCGCAUCCCGGACAUUUGGGAGGACCUCGUCGACGCACAUCCGUCCAAGGUGCUCAUUGUCUUUGAAGGCCGCGAGUGGACUGCGAUGGAGCUCGACACGCUCAUGAACCGGGUGGCGCACUGGGCGAUCCGAUCGGGCCUCACGCCCGGGUCCGUCGUCGGCCUACUCAUGGAGAACCGACCAGAGUUUGUCGCAAUCUGGAUGGGCCUCGCCAAAGUCGGCGUCGUUGCUGCGCUCAUCAACACGCACGUGGCGUACGACGGUCUCCUCCACUGCAUCAAGAUCUCGAAAGCAUCGAUCGUCAUCUUUGGCGCCGAGUGCUCGGCCAAGAUGGACUCGGUCGCCGACCAGCUCGCCGAUCGCAGCCUUGUCUGCUACCGUCCCGAUGCAACACACGCCUCGCUUCCGAGCUACGCGACGUCGCUCAACGUGGCGCUGCAAGAGGUCUCGUGUCGUCGCCCGCCGAUCGCGAUGCGCGCCAACGUCUCGACCAACGACAUGGUGCUCAUGAUUUACACCAGUGGCACGACCGGGUUGCCCAAGGCGGCGCGUAUCGAGCACUCGUCUGUGAUGCUGCGCUCGAUGGCCAUGGUCGUCAAGACGGGCGCGACGCUGCACGACCGACUCUACUGCCCGUUGCCGCUCUACCACACGUCGGGCGGCAACCUCGCGGUCGGCAUCAUGCUCUUUGCCGGCACGACGCUUGUGCUCUCGCGGCAAUUCUCCACGUCGCGUUUCUGGGGCGAAGUCCGCACGAACAAGUGCACGAUGAUCCAGUACAUUGGCGAAAUGUGCCGGUACCUCCUCAACGCGCCGCCGAGUGCGCUCGACCGCCAGCACCACGUGCGCAUGGCUAUCGGCAACGGGCUCCGUCCUGACAUUUGGUCGCCAUUCCAAGAUCGCUUCAACAUCCCCGCCGUCUGCGAGUUUUACGGCGCGACCGAAGGCGUCGCUGGCUUUAUGAAUGUGUGCCGCGACCGGGCCGAGCGCGGGCACCUGGGCAAGACGGGCGCCUUCGCCAACUUGAUUGCGGGCUACGCUGUCGUCGAGUACGACGUGGAGAACGACGUGCUCGUCCGCGGCAAGGACGGCUUUCUCAAGCAGUGCCCGUUUGACCACGUGGGCGAGCUCGUCGUGCGCGUUCGCAUGCACGACCCGUCGUUCAAGUUUCAGGGCUACUACGACAACAAGGAAGCCGACGCGAAGAAGCUCGUGUCCAACGCGUUUGCCAAGGGGGACCUCUAUUUUCGCACGGGCGACCUCUUCCGCUACGACCACGCCCGCCGCUGGCAUUUCAUGGACCGCGUCGGCGACACGUUUCGCUGGAACGGCGAGAACGUCGCGACGAGCGAGGUGGCCGAGACGCUCUCGUCCUUCCCCGGGCUCUCGGAUAUCUGCGUCUACGGCGUGAGUGUGCCCAACCGCGACGGUCGCGCGUGCAUGGCGGCCAUGGUGUUUGAGGAUCUCGACCUCGACGCGUUCGCGGCCUACUGCACCCUCAAGCUCCCAUCGUACGCCGUGCCCCGGUUUCUGCGGCGGCUGCCCGCGAUGGCCGUGACGGGCACCAUGAAGCACGAGAAGGCCAAGCUGCGUGCCCAGGGCACCGACUUGGUCCAAGUCGACGGCGACGCGCUCUACUACCUGGACAAGGCCAACGGAACGUACGUGCCGCUGACAAGAGACAACUACCACCACGUGCUCACGUCCUCCCGCCUCUGA